UGGUGGGCGAGACUAAGAGAGACCCGGGGCAAUGGUACUUCCGGGGUAGAAUGACCCGGAAGCGGAAGCGGGGAGGCUUGAUUGGGUGUCGGUGCAGAGUGCCGCCAGUCUCUGGGCUCCGACGCGCGGGGAUUGAGAUUCCGGACAGGGUUGGCCCCUCCCUCGGGCUCGGCGCCUUCCGUGUGUGCGGGGAGCGGGCUGGGGGCUCCCCCUGGGGCGGACACUCCCCGCGUGGGCGGGGCUGCCCCCGGCCCCCUGUGGGAUGUGUGCGCGCGGGGGGGUCCCCGUUUCCCUGUGGCCGGGCCCCCGCGCUGGCUGCGGGGCGCGUCUCUCUGCUCCCCCCAGCCCCGACAUGCAGGCCCCCGAGCCCUGGUUUCGCCAGCGCGUCUAGUAACGCUGGUAGUUUGUUCGCAGAAACAGCCCUGGAAGGAGGAGAAAUGCAAGAGGAGGGAGAGUGGAGGGUACGUUGACAUCUGUCUGAUACUAGACUGGUGAAUGGGAAGAAGGUCCCAUCUGUGGCCUGUUUGUGGAAGCUGAGAUGAUGAAGGCACUUCAGUGGGAACAUGCUGUGGUACAGGGUUGAAGCUCCAUCGCGUAUGUGAUAGUGAUAGAGCAAUUGGAAAGGUUACAUGUUCUGGUAAACUAGGAUGGAAGAAUCUCAUUUCAACUCCUCCCCGUACUUCUGGCCAGCAGCGCCCACAGUCUCGGGACAGAUCGAGAAUACCAUGUUCAUUAACAAGAUGAAGGAGCAGCUAUUGCCCCCAGAAAAGGGCUGCAGCCUGGCUCCCCCCCACUACCCCACCCUGCUGACGGUACCCACCUCUGUGGCCCUACCCACCGGCAUCUCCAUGGAUUCAGACACCAAGUCGGAGCAGCUGACCCCACACAGCCAAGCCCCCGUGACCCAGAACAUCACCGUGGUCCCAGUGCAGUCUGCCGGGCUCAUGACAGCAGGUCCUGGCCUGGUGAUCACCUCCCACUCGGGUUCCCUGGUGACCACAGCCUCCUCUGCCCAAACCUUCCCCAUCUCAGCCCCAAUGAUUGUCUCUGCGCUACCCCCUGGCUCCCAGGCUGCCCUCCAGGUGGUGCCUGACCUGUCGAAGAAGGUGAUAACCUCUCUCUCUGAAGGUGGGGGUGGGGGAGUUGCCCCUAAACCUCCCCGGGGCCGGAAGAAGAAGCGACUGCAGGAGUCGGGGCUGCCAGAGAUGAGCGAUCCCUUUGUGCUGUCAAACGAGGAUGAUGAGGACCAGCACAAGGAUGGCAAGACGUACAGGUGCCGGAUGUGUUCGCUGACGUUCUAUUCCAAGUCGGAGAUGCAGAUCCACUCCAAGUCUCAUACGGAGACAAAGCCACACAAGUGUCCUCACUGCUCCAAGAGCUUCGCCAACAGCUCCUACCUGGCCCAGCACAUUCGCAUCCACUCAGGGGCCAAGCCCUACACGUGCAGCUACUGCCAGAAGGCCUUCCGCCAGCUCUCCCACCUGCAGCAGCACACACGGAUCCACUCCAAGCUUCACACAGCGAUUGUCAAGCCGCACAAGUGUCCUCACUGCUCCAAGAGCUUCGCCAACACGUCCUACCUGGCCCAGCACCUCCGCAUCCACUCGGGGGCCAAGCCCUACAGCUGCCGCUACUGCCAGAAGGCCUUCCGCCAGCUCUCCCACCUGCAGCAGCACACACGCAUCCACACUGGGGACCGACCCUACAAAUGUGCCCACCCAGGCUGUGAAAAGGCUUUCACCCAGCUCUCCAACCUGCAGUCCCACAGGCGGCAGCACAACAAAGACAAACCGUUCAAGUGCCACAAUUGCCACCGCGCAUACACAGAUGCUGCCUCGCUGGAAGUUCACCUGGCUACGCACACAGUGAAGCAUGCCAAGGUCUAUACCUGCUCCAUCUGCAGCCGGGCGUACACCUCAGAGACGUACCUGAUGAAGCACAUGCGGAAACACAACAUCCCUGACCCACAGCAGCAAGUGGCGCAGGCCCAAGUUCAGGCCUCCCAGCAGCAGCACUUCCAGCCGCAGGGUGGUGGGGCAGUGGGGGGCCCUUCUGGAGACACUAACCCCCCCAACCCUCCAUCCCAUUGCUCCUUUGACCUGACCCCUUACAAGACUUCAGAGCACCACAAGAACAUCUGCCUCACUGUCAGCACCAGCACCAUCCAGGUGGAGCAUCUCUCCAGCUCCUAAGAGAGACUUUGAUCCAGGGAGCAAAAAACCUCUCGUGCAUAGCCUGUGCCCAGGGGCAAUGGCCUCUCCUUGUGCAACAGCCUCUGGCCUCUCCUUGUGCAACAGCCUCUCCUGGCAGUGUACCCUGUUAAUGGCAGCCCCUGGAGUGAUAGCCUGUCUCCACAGGCAUCUUAUGCAACCGCCUGCUCCAAAGAGGGGAUACUCUCACCUGCAAGAGCCCCUUUCCAGUGCUGGGAGCCACCUCUCACACACAAGCCCCUGAGUUCACACUCAAAAGAAAGGCCUAAUUUUUGCCUCUGUAUAAUUUUAAAAUGUGGCUUGAAAGCAGGUGGAGGGGGCACCUUCUGGGCCACACGUGGUGGGAUGGGAUGGAAAGAGGCUGUUAGUGUGCAGAGGGGCUUGGAUGCAUGCUGGUAGCAGGGCAUGGAAGGUUCUGACAGGGUUCACAGUGAGGGGUCUUUUUAGGAUUUCCUUAUGUGGCUAAAGGAAAACAUUCAUUCCCCUCUCCUACUUGGUGAAAGUGAGAAGGGGUGACUUCUCCAGCUCCAGGCUAGGAUAAUUCCCCUGGGUGAAAGGGAGAACUCUUGGGGACAGGGGAGGUGAGGCGUAUUCCUUGGGCUUGACAUUGCCUAAGCUGUUGGAGGAUGUGGGAGGUCUGCAAUUUCUCUUCUCCCCCACUGGAGAACACGGGCAGGGUCUGUGUGUGGUCCAGCUGCCCUGUCUGCCACCCAACUGUAGGGGAGAGAACCCCUCCCCCCCCCCCCCCCCCCGAAGAUCCAGGGGAGUGAGUUCCAGGUCACUGCUGGGCCUGCCCUUUGUGGAUAAUGCAAUAGUAGCUUAGUCUCCAUCUCCCCCAAAAAGAGUCUGCGGGCAGCAUCAGGAAACCAAAAAAGCAGUGGGAGGAUAAGAGACUGCCACAAUGCUUAUUGCCCACCCCUCCCAUGUCCCCUUCCCAGGAAGGAGAGGCAGGGGUUCUGACCCUCACCCUUCCUCCCCUCAGUUUCAGCAGUCUGUCUUCUGGUUCCCAAAGGAGGAGGCGGAACAGACCAGCCUCUUCAAGGAGCCAGCAGGAGGCAGGAAAAGGCUAAUUCCUCCUGCUUGUGUCUCUCCGUGGGCAUUCUUCCAGGCUCCCUCUUGCCAAGACGGGCUGGACUCACAUGGUAAUGGUGGCCUCUUUUAGAACCAGGACCAGAUGGAUUCCCUAGACGGUGGACAAUUGAGGGAAGGGAACAGACACCCCCACAAGGAGAGACCAAACCAAUGAGAAGGGGGAGCCGACAAGAAUAAACUGAAAGCCCCUUGAAUUUAUUAAAAAAAAUCUAUUUCCUACCCCUGGCCCGCUCUGUUCUUGCUGUAACUGUUUCUAUCUCUGUGUUUAUAAAAUGCAUUAUCCAGGCAAAUUUUUAUUUUCAAUCUUUGUGGUGUUCCCCCCCCCCACUUCUCUUUUUGUCUUUGAUUUUUUUUUUCAACAUCCCCUUUUUUGGUCCAUAUGGUUUCUGGAUUAUCAUGUAACUAUCUGUCUGGCUUUUAAUUGGAUCAUGAAGGCUGGCUCAGAAGAAAGAGAACAAGGAAGUCGGGGGAAAAUUAUUUAUUGAGAUUAAACCCCCAAACCCCAAGAUCCUGUAUAAACUACUGGGGGAGGGUGGGUGUUUUACAACAAUGUAUAGAAAGAAAUUGGUGUAAAAGGCUUACUGGGGCAUGGAGGUGCUGGUGUGAGCAUGAGCAUAUUUUUGGCUCUACGCACAAGAUAAGCGGGCGAGAAUUGUGUGUUCCUUCAUGUGUGCACCAGCACAUCUAUGUGAGCAGCUGUAUAAAUGUGCAUCUCUGCCUCUGAGUGUGAACAGCUCUGACAGAGAGGAACAUGCUCCUCCCUCUGUGUGCUGGGCAUGAGUGGGCUGGAGUUGUGAGCAUUAUGUCCUUAUGCUCCUAUGCAUGCAUUGCUGCAAAUGGCUGUGGGAUUGUACCAUCAAAUUUUAGGUCGGAAGGAACCAUUAGAUCAUCUAGUCUGAUCUGUAUAUUGCAGACCAUUAAAUUUUACCCAGUUA